ACCAGAAAAGCUUUUCCUGCCUCAGUACCUUUCACACGCUUUUGUGCUGCAAGACAGUGCCGCUCCUUCACCUGCAGAGCACAAAUGAGCACCUGCCUCUGAGGCGACAUGGAGACAGAGAGGGUCCUCAUUCGCUCCAUCUACUAUGGCAGAAUUGGGAGCAAGGCCACGGAGGAGCUGCUGGAGAUUUUUGGACAUGACGGCAGCUUUCUGCUGAGAGACAGUGAAACGGUGCGGGGGGCCUACUGUCUGUGUGUGAGGAAAGCGCCCUUCGUACAUACCUACAGGCUCGAACGCGAUGGCGAUGGCUGGUACCUUCAGGAUUUAAGAAACCAACUGCUGAGAUUUGAAACUCUGGAGUCACUGAUCCUGCAUUACAGAGGGGGCGUGGUCCCUCACGUAGGCAUAGCUCCCCUCACUGAUCCACUGGACAAGACAACAGUACCAAGCAGCUGGAUUCAAGGACUGGUCUACAUGGAACUGAAUGGCAGCAGCAGCCAGUCUGGCCAGUGAGACCCCAUCUUCAUCCCAAGAGUUCUGCAAGAAUCAGCUUUUUCAUCUGUUGCUUCAGCAGAAGACUUUCAUAUUUAUUUUAUAUUAAGAUUUUUAUUUUUUACCAUACCUUUAAAACAUGCCAUGCGAUGAACUGGUGACCUGUCCAGGGUGUACCCUGCCUUUUUGAGUGUGAGAAAGAGUGUGUUCCCAUUUUGACAUGUGUCGGCAUUCUGAUGCAUUGUGGCCCAUAUGCUUUUCAGUGGGCUUUAAUCAGCAUCUAAGUGGCUCUGUUUUGACCUUUAUCUCUGUGGUUUAGUUUUUUCUAUCUCAUCUGAGAAGAAGAAACUAAACCAGAAAUUUGUAGUAGUACAGGAAAUGGAGCCGUGCACAUGAAGCUGACAAUCAUGAGGUAUUAAUUGUUAGUCUGUUUUUGUACCACAUGUCUACACAAUAUCAGGUAAAAAAUUACAUUCAAGAUGAGGUUCUGAUAAAUAAAACCUCUCAUUCACCAGGCAGGCGUGGCUUUACCAUUUUCCUUUUUGUUCUUUAAGCAUUAGGUUAAGUAAUAAGGGUAGUGUGUUUUGACAGGUCAGCUAUAUUUAUGCAUUAGUGCAUGUACUGUAAGUGCAGCUACAAAUGAAUGCAAACUGAUUUGUUAAUAAACCAAGGAUGUUACUGUACUUAGUAAUGGCAGCCAAGUUUAAUAUACGAGCUGCAAAGAGAGAACGUGUUCCAGUCGAAAGAGUGCUAAAGCUUGUAGCUAAACUUAUCAAGGGUACCUCUGGUUCACAGCUUCAGAAAAUUUGGCAAAUAAACAGUCUAUUUUAGGCAUUCAAAUUCA